UCGGAAUAAAUCCACCGAAGAAGAAUUUCACCUUACUAUGGUUCGGUACUGUGGCUAGUAACUAACAUCUUCCACCAUGAAACAAGCAACUAACGUUUAAUUUAACUGUUUUAAGUUAUUGACUUCAAAAUAACCAAAUGUGGAGGUUAAACAAAGUUCGCCACAAAGCUGGUCGACAAGGUGACAGCUUGGAGGAGCUCAAGUUAAAGAGGCGAGAGCACGAAAAAGCACUGAGACAGGCCCGCAGAGACAGACAGCUUGUGAGCAAGAGACUCUUGCUGAAUGAAGGUGAGGACCAGCCAGAGGUCACCAUGGACACUAACUCAGGAGAACAGGACGUGGUCAGUUUGUUCCACAAACUUCAACACACCGGGCCGGAGAGGGAGGCCCACCUGAAAGCCUUGAGUAAAGCUCUCCGUGACCCAUCAGCUCAGCUCACCUUCAUCAAGCAGCAGAAUAGUAUGCAUCUUCUCGUUGGUCUCCUCACUGGCUCUAAUGCUACAUGCCGCCUGCAGGCUGUUCGGUGUCUUCACGAGCUGUCUCACUCUCCCCACCCCAACGUGGCACCAGCCUGUCUGCCUGCCACCCCCUACCUGCUCACCUACCUGUCUGGCCAGAGCACCAAGUUCACUGAGCUGUGUCUCUACACGAUAGGUAAUUUAUGCCCAGACAAUGAUGCUGUAAAAGAGAAACUCCUGGCCCAGGGAAUUAUACCAGCUCUGACCAACUGUAUAGAGAACCAGAUACAUAACCUUGCAGUGGUGGAAGCUGUGGGGUUCGCCCUCUCUCAGCUUCUCCAGGCCAAAGAUGCAGCAGAGAAAAUAAUCCCGAUGGUUCUGGCCUCCAGUUUACCUUCACACUUGUUAUCAGUCCUGACUCCUGACCCAAAGUUUGGCCUGGCACCUGCCAUUGAGUGUGCGUGGUGUCUGCACUACCUUACAUGCGGCAUUGAGGAUAACAGAGUGCUGUUAGCUCAUGGGGUCCUGUUACAGUGCAGCUCCCUGUUAGUGUCACUAGGUGGCGCUGUGACUGAAGGAAACAAAGAAGAAGGAAUAGAGCUGCUCAUCUGUCCUCUGCUGAGGUGCGUUGGAAACCUCUUGUCCUCCUGCCCAGUGGAGGACCUGAGCACUCAAGUGGGUGAUGUUUGUAUCAUGGUUGCUCUGUGUGCAUUUCUUCAGGCCUACCUGCAGACUCAGCCAGCCUUGGCCAGAGAGAGUGCCUGGGUCCUUAACAACCUCACAGCUUACUCCGGUGCUUUCUGCUCUGCACUGCUGACUCUCAACUUGGUCCCUGGACUGAUCCAGCUCCUCCCUUUCUCACAAGGCAUCAACACCAUGAUCCUGAGGGUUCUAGCAAAUAUUGCCCACCGGAAAAAGGAGUUCUGUGUCCAGCUGGCCCAUCUGGGAUUACUCUCUGCACUCUGUGCCACACUUAAAAUGGCCGACAGAGAGAUGGUGACCCUGAGUAUGGAUGUCCUGUUCAUGCUGGUAGUUAGUGGUCCACAGGUGGCAGAGGAGUUUGUGAGGCAAGGCGGGCUUUCACUGUUAGAAGCCAUUCAGUACAACAGUGAAGGAGAGAUUAGACGAAGAGCAACACAUCUCCUUGAGCACCACCUACUGUCCUUCUCAUCAUAUUGCUCGGUGGACAAUACCCCAUGUCCCUGAACCAACAGGAAGGCAUCAUAUUCACACUUACAGUGUAUCACAGAUACCAUCAGGACACAACUGAGAAUACAGGACUUCUUGUUUACUUUUUGCAAUCUGUACAAUGGACAAACAGUGUUGUCAAAUUUAAAGUAAUUUUUAAUACCUUUUGAAUAUGAUCUACUGGUAUUUUGAUGCUCUCAUCAGUGUUGUUAUCAAUUCAAUUUUAAUAUAUGUAAAGAUGAAAUAUUUUUAUAAUACCUGGUGACUAAGUCUUACACUCAUUCACAAACCUGACAUGUUUUUCUGUUGCAUAUUGUGCCACCAUCACUCGAGAGACUGAAGAAGACUGAGGUAUUUUCAUCUGAAACUGGAACACCUACUGUAUCUACAGAGGAUGGGUUUAUAUGACUGACUGUAAAUAUCUAGAAUGAGGGUGAUACAAAAGCACCCUUUUUUGGGUGGGGGGGGGUGUGUUAAUGACAGAUUUUAGAAAUAUCAUGUAUUUUGAGCCAAUAAUGCAAUGUUAUUAAUGACUGUACAUUCAUCGAAUAAAUUAUAAAUGAAUAAAUAUCAUCAUCUCUACAAACUUGAAA